UUAGCAACCAACAUUUCCGUCCUCAUUCUUAACGAUGUUUGCAUAGAAAGGCAAGUCACUGUGAACACCCACCCGCCACCUUUCUUCAGAUGCCACUACCUUGAAUCCACUCUUUUUCUUCUUCGGAACCCUUUGAAGAAAAGUCUGUCCAUUUCUUUAUCUGUUUCAAACCCCGGUAUGUCAAACGCCUGUUCUUACCGCCAAAUCGCUCUCUCUUUAUGUCUCGUGUUCUGUUUCUACUUACCUUGUUGUGUAAAAUCUGAUGAACUCCAAAUAUUGUUGAACCUGAAAUCUGCUCUUAAUAAAUCAAGCACCAAUGUUCUUGAUUCAUGGGAGGCUGCCAGUUCUGUUUGCAGCUUCGAUGGAAUCACUUGCAACGCCGAGGGGUCGGUUAAGGAAAUCGAGCUUUCAAGUCAGAAGCUGAUGGGUGUUCUUCCUUUGGAUUCAAUAUGCCAGCUCCAAUCCUUGGAUAAGCUUUCUUUGGGGUACAAUUUAUUAUAUGGUGCAAUCACGGAAGAUUUGAGUAAUUGCGUAAAGCUUCAAUAUUUGGAUCUUGGAAACAAUCUUUUUACGGGUUCAUUUCCGGAUAUUUCGGCUCUCGGCGAAUUGCAGUACCUUUAUUUGAAUGGAAGCGAAUUUUCUGGCACUUUUCCAUGGAAAUCGCUUGAAAACAUGACCAAUCUUGCUCUUCUUAGCCUCGGGGACAAUCCUUUCAACCGAACUCCGUUUCCUGAUCAGAUUCUGAAGCUAAAGAAACUGAACUGGCUUUAUUUGGCGAAUUGCAGCAUUGAGGGGAAGAUUCCUCCAGAAAUUGGAGAUCUCACUGAACUUAGAGAAUUAGAGCUCCAAUACAAUUAUUUAUCUGGAGAAAUUCCGGUGGAGAUUGGAAAGCUUCACAAACUAUGGCAGCUUGAGAUUUAUAACAAUGAAUUGACAGGAAAACUUCCUGUUGGAUUGAGAAAUCUGACAAACCUGGAAUAUUUCGAUGCCUCAGCCAACCAUCUUGAAGGAGUUAUCUCAGAAGUGAGGUAUUUGACCAAUCUGGUGACUCUGCAACUAUUUGAGAACCAGUUUACGGGUGAAGUACCAACCGAGUUGGGUGAAUUCAAAAAACUGGUGAACCUGUCUCUCUACACCAACAUGUUGACUGGUCCUCUGCCUCAAAAGCUUGGUUCUUGGGCUGAUUUCGACUUCAUCGAUGUAUCAGAGAAUUUCUUGACUGGUCCAAUUCCUCCGGACAUGUGCAAGAAAGGAACCAUGAAGGGGCUUCUCAUGCUUCAGAACAGGUUCACCGGCGAAAUUCCUGUGACUUACGCAAGUUGCACCACUUUAAAGCGGUUUAGAGUCAGUAACAACUCUCUUUCAGGCAUAGUCCCGGCUGGAAUAUGGGGAUUACCAAAUCUGAAUAUAAUCGACAUUGCUUACAAUCAAUUUGAAGGUCCAAUUACAUCUGAUAUCAAGAACGCAAAAGAAAUAGGGAUAAUAUCAGCAGAAUACAACCGGUUAUCAGGUGAGUUGCCAGAAGAGAUUUCAGAAGCUAUAUCUUUGGUUAAAAUUGAGCUAAAUAACAAUCAGAUUUUGGGGAAAAUCCCUCAUGAAAUUGGGGAACUGAAAAGAUUGAGCAGCCUUAAAUUGCACAACAACGGGUUAUCUGGUUCUAUACCAGAGUCAUUAGGUUCUUGUGCUUCCAUCAGUAACAUAAACAUGGCUAAUAAUUCUCUUUCUGGCAAAAUCCCAUCAUCUUUAGGAUAUUUGCCGACAUUGAACUCUCUGAAUUUGUCUAGAAAUGAACUUUCCGGUAAAAUUCCAGAGAGCUUCUCGUCGCUCAAGCUGACCCUCUUUGAUCUGUCCUAUAAUCGGUUAACUGGUCCUAUACCAGAGUCUCUCUCCAUUGAAGCAUAUAAUGGUAGCUUGGCCAGAAACCCUGGCCUUUGCAGUUCAACUAUCAGAUCUUUCAAGCAAUGUCCAACAGAUUCUGGCAUGUCUAAAGAUGUUCGUUUGCUGAUAGUUUGUUUUGCUCUAGGUGCAAUGAUCUUGCUUGCUUCUCUUGGAUGUUUCUUAUAUUUAAGGAGAACAGAAAAAUAUCGCGACCGUUCUUUGAAGGAAGUAUCUUGGGAUUUUAAGUCUUUUCAUGUGUUAACUUUCACUGAAGAUGAAAUUCUUGAUUCCAUCAAGCGAGAGAAUCUGAUUGGAAAAGGAGGGUCUGGAAACGUAUACAAAGUAAUGCUUUCUAAUGGUGCGGAACUUGCUGUCAAACACAUAUGGAACACAGAUUCUCAUGGCCGCAGAAAGAGCCGGAGUACUACCCCAAUCCUCGGCAAACGUGCUGGAAAGGAAAAGGAAUUUGACGCGGAGGUGCAGACAUUGAGCUCAAUAAGACAUGUCAAUGUGGUGAAGCUCUACUGCAGCAUUACUAGUGAAGACUCAAGCUUGUUGGUGUACGAGUACUUGCCUAAUGGGAGCUUGUGGGAUCGAUUGCAUACAAGUAGGAAAAUGGAGCUUGAUUGGGAUACUCGGUAUGAGAUUGCAGUUGGGGCAGCUAAGGGACUGGAGUACCUUCAUCAUGGUUGCGAAAGGCCGGUGAUCCAUCGGGAUGUCAAAUCUAGUAACAUAUUGUUGGAUGAGUUUUUUAAGCCUAGGAUUGCUAAUUUUGGACUUGCCAAGAUUGUUCAGGCCAAUGGUGGUAAAGACUCCACCCGUGUCAUUGCAGGCACCCACGGCUACAUAGCUCCAGAAUAUGGUUACACCUACAAAGUCAACGAGAAGAGCGAUGUAUACAGUUUUGGAGUGGUGCUAAUGGAGUUGGUGAGUGGGAAGAGACCAAUUGAGCCUGAGUUUGGAGAUAAUAAGGACAUAGUGUCGUGGGUCUGCAGCAAACUAAAGAACAAACAGAGUGUUUUAAGUAUAGUGGAGCCAAGAAUUCCUGAUGCUUUUAAAGAAGAUGCGGUCAAGGUGUUGAGAAUUGCCAUGUUGUGCACCACCACACUGCCAGCCCUCAGACCCACCAUGAGAACCGUGGUUCACAUGCUGGAAGAGGCUGAACCAUGCAAAUUGGUGAGCAUUAUUAUCAAUAAGGACGGUGACCUUAAGAAAAAGGAAGCAAAAUAGGAUUCUGCUAAGAAGUUCAGUCUAAAGUUAUAGAUCUUGUAACAUUGUAGUAGCAUUAAUUUGUAACAUAUCAGGUAAUUUGAUAAGCUUGUGAUCAGUUGUAAAAUAUUAUCUAGAGCCUGUAAGUAGGCUGUUAUGCUUUGUAGUCUUUGAUUUUGGCACAAACAAUUUUCCAUCGUGGAGGCUAAUAAGGGAAAAUUUGCAGGUGCUUCCCUCGUUUAGGAAUUGAGAUGUAUGAGGCAAGAAAAUGCCAAUUUCUUCAGCUUUAGGUCUUUGCCAAAACAAUGGGGGAAAUGACAAUCUUGUGAAAUUAUUGGUCUGAAUCACUGUUGGAAAUGGAAAUUGACCCUUGUUUUUCUCUGAAACAAUUUAAUUCGUCAGAUUUUGGGAGCUACAAAAGAUUUGUCGUAUUUGAUCCAAUUAUUAUUUGGAAGGCAGUGACAAUGCCAUGACCAUAUAAUCUAAACUCUAAAGAGCAAUAAUUCAUAAGGUGUUGCGUCUACUCCAAAUAUCUGAAAAAUGU